AUGGCCGCCAAUGUGGGAUCGAUGUUUCAAUAUUGGAAGCGAUUUGAUCUACGGCGACUCCAGAAGGAGCUUAAUUCCGUCGCUUCUGAGCUGUCUGCGCGGCAGGAGGAGAGUGAACAUUCUCAUAAACAUUUAAUUGAACUCCGCCGGGAAUUUAAGAAAAAUGUACCUGAGGAAAUCAGAGAGAUGGUGGCUCCUGUACUAAAAAGCUUCCAAGCUGAGGUGGUGGCCCUUAGUAAGAGAAGUCAAGAGGCGGAGGCCGCUUUUCUGAGUGUUUACAAGCAGUUGAUUGAAGCACCAGAACCUGUGCCUGUGUUUGAAGCGCCGCGUGGCCCAGACGACAGACUGCAGCCCCCUAGCUUUGACCCCAGCGGGCAGCCCCGGCGAGAUCUCCACAACUCGUGGAAGAGGCACCCAGAGCUCCUUGGACCCAAAGAGCAGAGAGAGAGGACAUCCCCUGCCGGGCCCACGCUGACCGAGGGGAGCCGCCUCCCUGGCCUUCCUGGCAAAGCCCUCCUGACAGAAACCUUGCUGCAAAGAAAUGAGACGGAGAAACAGAAGGGCCUUCAAGAAGUGCAGAUCACUCUGGCAGCCCGACUGGGGGAGGCGGAGGAGAAAAUCCGUGUCCUGCACUCAGCGCUAAAGGCCACCCAAACAGAGCUCCUGGAGCUGCGCCGAAAGUACGACGAGGAGGCAGCGUCCAAGGCAGAUGAAGUCGGCCUGAUCAUGACCAACCUGGAGAAAGCAAAUCAGCGAGCCGAGGCUGCCCAGCGCGAGGUGGAGAGUCUCCGAGAACAGCUGGCCUCUGUCAACAGUUCCAUCCGCCUGGCCUGCUGCUCCCCCCAGGGACCCGGCGGGGACAAAGUGAACUUCCCGCUGUGCUCUGGUCCGCGGCUGGAGGCCGCACUUGCCUCCAAAGACCGGGAGAUUGUGCGGCUGCUCAAGGACGUGCAGCAGCUCCAGAACUCGCUGCAGGAGCUGGAGGAGGCCUCUGCCAGUCAGAUUGCUGACCUGGAGCGGCAACUCACGGCCAAGGCCGAGGCCAUCCAGAAGCUGGAAGAGAAGCUCCAGGCACAGUCAGACUAUGAAGAAAUUAAGACAGAACUGAGCAUCCUGAAAGCCAUGAAGCUGGCCUCCAGCACCUGCAGCCUCCCCCAGGGCCUGGCCAAGCCUGAGGACUCACUGCUUAUAGCAAAGGAGGCCUUCUUCCCUGCGCAGAAAUUCCUUCUGGAAAAGCCCGGUCUCUUGGCCAGCCCUGAGGAGGACCCUUCAGAGGACAACUCCAUCAAGGACUCGCUGGGCCCAGAGCCGGCCUUCCCCUCCCCUCCACAGCUCCCCCCACCCCCAGGCCCGGAAGACCCCCUGUCGCCAAGCCCUGGGCAGCCCCUGAUGGGACCUGGCCUGGGAUCUGAUGGCCCUAGGACUUUCUCCAUGUCCCCCUUCCCCAACCUGGCCUCGGGGGAGAGACUGGCCGGGGACUUGCUACUGUCCAAGCACAUGAUGCCCCCGGCCACCUUCAAGGGAGAAGCAGGCGGCCUGCUGGUGUUCCCACCAGCCUUCUACGGCACCAAGCCCCCCACUGCCCCCGCCACCCCAGCCCCCGGCCUGGAGCCGCCCGGAGCCGCAGAGCCGUCGGAUGGGGGUGGCACGGCAGGGACAGAGGAGGAGCAGCUGGACACGGCAGAGAUCGCCUUCCAGGUGAAGGAGCAGCUGUUGAAGCACAACAUCGGGCAGCGUGUGUUCGGCCACUACGUGCUGGGGCUAUCACAGGGCUCGGUCAGCGAGAUCCUGGCCCGGCCCAAGCCCUGGCGCAAGCUCACAGUGAAGGGCAAGGAGCCCUUCAUCAAGAUGAAGCAGUUCCUGUCAGACGAGCAGAACGUGCUGGCCCUAAGGACCAUCCAGGUGCGGCAGCGAGGCAGCAUCACCCCAAGGAUCCGCACGCCAGAGACGGGCUCAGAUGAUGCCAUCAAGAGCAUCCUGGAGCAGGCCAAGAAGGAAAUUGAAUCCCAGAAGGGGGGUGAGCCCAAGAACUCCACGUCCCCGUUGGGUGUCACCAACAGCUCAGCAGCCACCAGCACCUCGGAGGACGCCAUCAAGAAUAUCCUGGAACAGGCACGCCGCGAGAUGCAGGCCCAGCAGCAGGCUCUGCUGGAGAUGGAGGCAGGCCCCCGGGGCCGCUCCCUGCCGCCCUCUCCCCCAGAGCGGCCCUCGCUGGCCGCUGUGAGCCAGAACGGGGCGCCAGCCUACGUCAAGCAGGAGGACGGCGGCACUGGUAGCAGCGGUGGGGGCAGCAGUGGCAGUGCCAUGCAAGCCUCACUCACCGUGCUGUCCCCCGCCGCCUUCGUGCAGAGCAUCAUCCGCAAGGUCAAGUCGGAGAUCGGCGACGCCGGCUACUUCGACCACCACUGGGCCUCGGACCGCGGCCUGCUCAGCCGCCCCUACCCUUCCGUCUCACCCUCACUUUCCUCCUCCUCCUCCAGCUACUCCAGCCAGCCCAAUGGGAGGGCUUGGCCCCGUGGGGACGAGGUGACCGUGGCCCCUGAGGACGAGGCUGCCACGGGUGAAGAUGAGCCCCCCCGGGUGGGCGAGCUCAAGUCUGAGGGGUCUGUGGCCGAAGCCGGCAGUGGCGGGCGGCUGGCCUAUUACCCAGCCUAUGUGCCUCGCACCCUGAAGCCCACCGUGCCACCCCUGACCCCCGAGCAGUACGAGCUGUACAUGUACCGCGAGGUGGACACACUGGAGCUGACGCGCCAGGUCAAGGAGAAGUUGGCCAAGAACGGCAUCUGCCAGCGGAUCUUCGGGGAGAAGGUGCUAGGUCUGUCACAGGGCAGCGUGAGCGACAUGUUGUCACGGCCCAAGCCAUGGAGCAAGCUGACACAGAAGGGGCGUGAACCCUUUAUCCGCAUGCAGCUAUGGCUCUCGGACCAGCUGGGCCAGGCCGUGGGCCAACAGCCCAGUGCCUCCCAGGCAAGCCCCGCUGAGCCCAGGUCCUCACCAUCGCCACCCCCUAGCCCCAUGGCACCUGAGAAGAGCUCCCAGGAGCCCUGGAGCCUGUCCCUGGAGAGCAGUAAGGAGAACCAGCAGCCCGAGGGCCGUUCUGGCUCCUCCACCGGCGGGAAGGUGCCCUCAGGAAGCCAGGCCAUGGGAGGCAUCCAGGAGAUUGUGGCCAUGUCCCCGGAGCUGGACACCUACUCCAUCACCAAGAGGGUCAAGGAGGUCCUCACAGACAACAACCUAGGACAGCGGCUGUUCGGGGAGAGCAUCCUAGGCCUGACCCAGGGCUCCGUGUCUGACCUGCUGUCCCGGCCCAAACCCUGGCACAAGCUGAGCCUGAAAGGGCGGGAGCCCUUUGUCCGCAUGCAGCUCUGGCUCAGUGACCCCCAUAACGUGGAAAAGCUAAGAGACAUGAAGAAGCUGGAGAAGAAAGCCUACUUGAAGCGCCGCUAUGGCCUCGUCAGUACUGGCUCGGACAGCGAGCCACCGGCAGCGCAUUCUGAGUGCCCUAGCCCGUGCCUGCAGCCCCAGGACGCGAGCCUGCUGCAGAUGAAGAAGCCGCGUGUGGUGCUGGCACCUGAGGAGAAGGAGGCACUGCGCAAGGCCUACCAGCUGGAGCCCUACCCCUCGCAGCAGACCAUCGAGCUCCUCUCCCUCCAGCUCAACCUCAAGACCAACACCGUCAUCAACUGGUUUCACAACUACAGGUCCCGGAUGCGCCGGGAGAUGUUGGUGGAGGGGACCCUGGACGAGCCAGACCUUGACCCAAGUGGGGGUCCUGGCAUCCUACCACCAGGCCACUCCCACCCGGACCCCACCCCGCAGAGCCCCAAUUCUGAGGCUGAGGACCAGAAGCCACCCGUGAAGGAGCUGGAGCUUCCAGAGAGCUCUGAAGACAGCGCCACAUCCCUCACCACCCAGGACAAGGCCCAUGUGACGAUUAAGCAAGAACAAAUGGAGGAGGAUGCUGAGGAAGGGCUAGACAGCCAGCCCCCAGAUGUAGGGGAGCUGGACAAAGACCUGGGUUCUCCCAGAGAGGAGUGCCUCAGCGCCCCAGAUAAUGAGAGACUCCCAGAAGUGGCCUCGGGGCCCCUCCUUCCAGAUGCCACCAUUCCAGACUGUCCCUCACCACACCUGCAACAGGAGACCGAGGCUGGGGAGCGGCUUCACCCAGACCCCUUGAGUUUCAAGUCGGCCUCGGAGUCCUCGCACUGCAGUCUUGAGGUGUCACUGAACUCUCCCUCAGUGGCCUCCUCGCCAGGCCUUACGAUGUCUUUGUCACCUGUGCCCUCCUCCUCAGCCCCUAUCUCCCCAUCCCCACCUGGCGCGCCCCCUGCCAAAGUGCCCAGUGCUAGCCCCACUGCCGACACAGCUGGAGCCUUGCACCCCAGCGCCAAGGUGAACCCCAAUUUGCAGCGGCGGCAUGAGAAAAUGGCCAACCUGAACAGCAUCAUCUACCGGCUGGAGAGGGCUGCCAACAGGGAGGAGGCCCUGGAAUGGGAAUUCUGA